GUAUUUGAGAAGAAGCGCGAGGAAGAAACCCGAAGAAGGAGCCGAAUUGUGGCUGUUCCAUACUGGUUUAAUUGAAUGAGGCUAAAGAGCAGCUAAAGUUUGUGUUUGCUCGUUAAAAUAUUCUAAAGAAAUUCGUCCAAUAUUCAGCUAGAGCGUCUGAGACUGAGCGGUGACGAGCUGGCGCAGGUCGUGGGUUGUCCGUGGACCAUGCGAGACAAUGGCGGUAGCCUUGCCCAGAACCGCUGGCAGGGGGACCUUGGGCUGACCGCUGUGGGGCAGGACAGCACCGGAGGAGGGGGGAUUCCUGAAAACCACCUGAUCGUCCCGGCGUCGGGCCACAGCGUGUCCAGCUCCGUGCACCUCAGGCUCGGCCAGAAAGACAAGCUGUGGGCCGGCGAGUACGUAGAAGACGACGGGCCGGGGGCCAUCGAAGCCAUCGGCGACGAGGAGGAGGGGAAAAACCUGUACGAAGACGACGGAGAGGAUCUCCAGGGCAAAGCCUGGGAGAACAACGGCGAAGAGGAAGAUGGCGACGAGGUGGGCGAGAGCGAGGAGUGGGAGGUGCCGGAUUUCCCCUGCCAGUCCAACCUGUACGGCCGGCCGCAGCACCAAGACCAGCGACCGCAGCAUCAGCAGCAGGAGGAACCUGGUGCUCCGAGCGCAGAGAGCGCUGCGUUCCAGGCUGGAGCCAGGGGCCUCUACCGGUCCCAGUUGAGGAGGUACCGGGUCCUGAAGAGGCUCCGGAGCUUGGCGCUCGUAUCCCGCGGACUUCCUGGAUCCCAGCCCGCUCGCCAGUGGAAGAACUGGCGGCAGAGCGUUCGAUGGAGCACCGCCGCGGGGCAGCAUGGGGGUCGGAAAGGCCAGAAGCCCAGUUUCUACGGCAGGCAAAGGAGGACAAAAAGAUUUCUACGGCUGUGCGGCGAUGCGGAGGAGGAGCUAACAGGAAUGCGUUUAAACGGACCUUCUUCGGACAAGCAUGAGGAGAAAAUGAGACGUGACUUGGCGGUCCGACCAGCAGAAGCUGCUCUUAGCGAAGAACACACCAAAUACAUAACGGGCCUUCUGGAAGAGUCUCUGCAGCAGUACGGCAGCUUGAUUCCCAUCCACGUUGAUGACAUCGCGGCGAAGCUCCAAGACGCCUUCCACGAGAAUUUCUCUCAUCCGCACAGGAAAGCAAUGGUCCAGCACCAGAUCCAGUCCUUCCAGCGUUCAUCCGGAUCAGCCGUGGCCAAAACCUUCAGGGUCAACUACAAGCGCCAUGUUCUGACCAUGGAUGACCUGGGCACGUUGUAUGGGCAGAACUGGCUCAAUGACCAGAUUAUGAACAUGUAUGGAGAUCUGGUCAUGGAUUCCGUUCCAGACAAGGUCCACUUCUUCAACAGCUUCUUUUAUGACAAGCUAAGGACAAAAGGAUAUGAAGGAGUUAAACGGUGGACAAAGAAUGUGGACAUCUUCCAGAAAGAUCUGCUGCUGAUCCCCAUCCACCUGGAGGUCCACUGGUCUCUGGUCAGCGUCGACAUCCCCCGUCGCACCAUCACCUACUUCGACUCUCAGCGGACCCUCAACAGGCGCUGCCCCAAGCAUAUUUCCAAGUAUCUUCAAGCCGAGGCGGUAAAAAAGGACCAACGGGACUUUUUGACGGGAUGGAAAGGAUUUUUUAAAAUGAAUGUGGGCCGUCAGAACAACGACAGCGACUGUGGAGCUUUUGUGCUGCAGUACUGCAAGUGUCUGGCGCUAGGACAGCCGUUUAACUUUGGGCAGCAGGACAUGCCGCGGCUAAGGAGGCAAAUGUACAAAGAACUGUGCCACUGCAAGCUCAUCCUGUGACGGCGCCCGGAUCCGGAGCGCGCGGCGGGACGGGAGGAGCCAGCGGAUCGCUGGACGACAGAACAUCUUCAAAGUUAACAGGGACUGAGGCAGGCGGGCGGCUACCAGGACAUCUGACGUCUGGUUCGUCUCUCUGGUUCCGUCUGUUCGCUUUUAUUUGAAGUUCUUAAUUUUUCGACAGACUCAUUUAAGGCGGGACGGUUUGGUCACAUGUCCCGGUUCCCUUUUCCUUCCGCGGCAGGAAGUUGGCGUAGAGAGAAUCCAGAUCGUCCUGCUUUCAUGUAACCGUGUCCGACCAUCUGAGGUGGUCUCUGUAAGCCUGUGAAUAAAGCAGAACCUGUCGGGUUUUUCCGUUUAAUUCAGUCCACCUACGCAGGCCAAGCCCCCCCCCCACAGAUCCAACAUUAACGCCAAGGCUUCUUUCGGACGUGGUCAUCCGUGUAGGCGCAGCAGCAGCGUGGCGUUUCGGUGAGUUAUAUAUAUUUUUAAAGAGGUCAAGUCGUCGUGAUUUUUGCAGGAUUUCAGACGAUGGAACUGAUGAACUCUGCCAUAAACCGGCUCUCUUGUACAUUUACUUUCUUUUUUUUUUUUGAAGUACACUUUUACCUGACUUAGGCACCCGAAACUUUCUGCCUUUUUUCAGUAGAAAGAAACCAACGCAAACAUCUAAACGUGGGAAAUUUGAUCUGCAUCUUUGUCCAAACGGAGCAGAUUGAUUCAAAAAAAACCAAAAAAACCAAGGGUACCUUUUCCUUUCAUUUAUCUUCUUUGUGUUUUUAUUGCUGUCAGUAAAUGUGGUGAUAUACUUAUUGCUUAAACAAAUGGUGUAAAAAAAAACAAACAACAACUUUAAAUUAGUUUUUUGUUCUUUUUGGAGCGAGCCUCAAAUGUUCCGUUUAGUAUUUGUUUGAUAAAAGCCAUCUUGGUCAGGACCACAGCAGCGACACAACAGGAGCA